AUGACAGACGAAAAAAAAAAUCCAAUUUUCCCGCAGCUGGCCCCAAGCUAUGAUAUAACAAAGAAGACUAAGAAAUUGUUUACUGAAAUAAAUAGAGACUCUUCCGAGACUGUGACGACACAGCUAUGGCAGAGAAGUGGAAGUUGUCCCGAGGGAACAAUUCCCAUUCGGAGGAUAGAAAAGAAUAAUGGUUCGAAAGGAGAUGUAGUUGAGAAGUAUGGGACAAAAAAGCUGGCUUCCUUCCAUGACAACAAGAAGAAGCAAUUAAAUGAAAGCAAAAUGCUAAAUCUUCUACAGCCAAACCAUUCAGUCGCAAUCUUGCUUACAUUAGGAUUUGCGUACUUGGGCGCCAAAGGAGAUAUCAAAGUCUGGACCCCGCAAGUUGAAUCAGAUGAUGAAUAUAGUACUUCUCGGGUAGCUCUGAGGAGUGGCCCUCGGUUGGACUAUGAUGCAAUUGAAUCUGGAUGGGCAGUAAAUCCCAGCGUUUAUGGAGACAGGCAAACUCGACUAUACGUUUAUUGGACCGCUGAUGGUUCGAAGAAAACAGGUUGUUUUGACCUCACUUGUCCCGGUUUCAUUCAAACCAGCAACCAGAUAGCUCUCGGUGCUGCCAUCUAUCCUAUCUCAAACCCUACAGGACUUCCAUAUCAGAUAACUGUUUAUAUCUACAAAGACCCAAACACAAGCAACUGGUGGGUGCAAUAUGGAGAGAGAAUCAACAUAGGAUACUGGCCAUCUGAUCUCUUUGGUAUGUUAAGAGCUCAUGCUGAAACUGUUCAAUGGGGCGGCGACGUUUAUAGCUCCAAGGUAGGAACUCAUCCGCACACAGCUACGGGUAUGGGCAGCGGUCGAUUUUCCGAUUAUAUAAUGCAAAGUUCGGGCUACAUCAAAAGAAUGAGGGUUCUUAGAAAUAAUAUGGAAUUGACGUUUCCGCAAUGGAUUAAUAUUUAUACGGAUGAGUACAAUUGUUAUGAUGCUUAUUACCUUAGUGACUAUGUUGAAGAACCUGAAUUCUACUAUGGAGGUCCUGGUAGAAACUACAAGUGUCCUUGA